AUGGAGUCGCCCGAGGCGCAGUGGGGCUCCACCCGGACACCAGGUUCGCGACCCGCCUCCCAGAAGUCGACCCGCUCGACACGAUCCACCCGAUCGCACAAGUCGAGUCGGACCACGGAGCAAACGCCGCUGCUUGCGCGCGAAGACAGAAGCGACGAUGAGCGGGAAGAGGCGCCGCGCACACCAGCCUCGGCUUCGCUGCUGCGGACGCUGAGCGGCUCGAGUGCGAGCGGCAAAACACCUCUCUGGAAGAAGCGAUGGCCCAGCAUACUUGCGCUGGUGAUUCUGAGCAUUUCCGUAGUAUGCAUUAUGCUCGGAUUCCUCGCGUCCGAAGGCAUCGAGGAGUACGCCAUGCAGGCAGCAGACUUCAAGCCGACUAAGCUAUCGCUGGACGGCCUGGCCGAUCAAGGCGCCCAGGUGCGGAUAGAGGGCGACUUCACCAUGGAUGCAUCAAAAGUGAGGAAGCAGAGUGUGCGCAACAUUGGACGAUUCGGCACCUGGAUCGCAAAGGAAGCCGAGACUGGUCCUUUUGACGCGCAAGUCUACCUGCCCGAAUAUGGGAACGUCUUGCUCGGCACGGCCAAGAUCCCCAGCAUCAAGGUUAGCAUCCGCAACGGACACACUACGCAUAUCUCUUUCGUGACGAGCGUUCAACCUGGAUCUCCAGACGGCAUCCGAAAUGUCGCAAACGACUACAUUGACGGACGCCUGGGUCAGAUCAGAGUCAAGGGCAAGGCCGAAGUACCCGUCAAGUCUGGCUUGAUCAACGUCGGCAAGCAAUUCGUCGAACACUCCAUGGUCUUCAAAGGAGGCGAUAUCCCUGCGCUGCCGCACUACAACAUCACGAAGCUCAACAUCCACGAGGCCAAGCAUGGCCGCAAGGGUAUGGGCGCCGAUGCUUCCAUCAUCGUUGCAAACGACUUCCCUGUCGACAUCACGCUUCCUGCAGUGGGCGUUGAUGUGUCCAUUGACGGCUGCUCGUCCGACAAGCAGGUUUUCGUCGGCACGGCGCAGAGCUCAGAACUCCACGUGAAGCCCAACACCGACAUCGAGGUCAACGUCAACGGCAACGUCGAGCACUUGUCCGAGGCUCUGACUGAGGUGUGCCCAAAGUCAGCCAAAUCACCACUUGAUGCUUUCAUUGGUGACUAUAUGAAGGGAACUGAGGCUACCAUCUACAUCAACUGCUGCAACUUCCCCGACCCCAACACCCCAGAAUGGGCGCGCGACUUGUUGAAGGAUAUUACGGUACCGGUGCCUUUCACUGGCAAGGGCAUGGGCAACCUUGUCAAAAACUUCAGCAUGGCCGACAUGCACUUCUCCCUGCCGGAUCCCUUCGCUGAGCCCGGAACCCCGGAGGGCUCACCUAAGAUUUCUGCUGUUGUCAUUGUCGAUGUUGGAAUUCCUAACGAGAUGAACUUUCCGCUCGACGUCAAUCAGAUCAAGGCGGAUGCCGAUAUUUACUACAAGAACAAGAAGCUUGGAAAGUUGAACAUGCACAAGUGGCAGAAGGCCAACUCCACCCGGGUCGAUGGUCAUGGAAAGGAAGGUCCCUCUCUGCUCGUGCAAUCCGAAAUCAAGAAUGCGCCCAUUGAGAUUCUCGACAAUGAUUUGUUCAGCGAAGUCGUCCAGGCACUCCUUUUCGGCGAUGGCAAGCCCAUCAUUCUAGACAUGAAAGCCAUGGUCAGCAUUGGAGUAGACACCCCCAUGGGCAAGUUCGCGAUCCGCGGCAUCCCAUCAGAGGGAUCCUUCGUGGUCCAGUUCAUCCGUGGUCCUCCAAAGGCUAACGUCUACGCUCCAGCACCUCACCACGAUGGCGGCAACGAUCUCAAAUCUCGUUUCGCUGCCCUGAACCUCGCGGUUGGCAAUCUGUCCAUCAUCAAGACCACACCGACUUCGAUGACCAUGCAAGUCCACGUGAACGUUACGAAUCCGUCCAACUACUCCGCGACCAUCCCCUACUUCAGCAUCAACAUCCUCGUCAACGGCACCGUCCUCGGUCAAGCCCUAAUCAACGACAUGCAAGUCAAACCCGGCAACAACACCAACCUCAUCGCCACCGCCCUCUGGGACCCGUUCACCAACAGCCGGUUCGGCUCCGAAAUGCUCUCGCAGUACAUCUCCGGCUUCAACACCAGCGUCACGCUGCAAGCCCACAACGCCACGAUCCCCGCGCUCCCAGGCCUCAGCCACCUCUUAUCUAAAUACCCCAUCACCCUCCCCGCCCCGCACCUCCGCCAUCCCAAGGACCCCAACGACGGCGACGAUGACGAUGACGAACCUCAAAAAGACCACUUCAUCCAAUCCACAACCAUGCACCUCAUCUCCUCCACCGCAACCUUCGUCCUCAACUCCCCCUUCCAGCGCACCACCAUGUUCAUCACACACAUGAACGCCACCGCGUACUACGAGGGCCACCCCGCCGGCGUCAUCCUGUACGACCUGCCCUUCGCCGUGCCCCCGGGCGUCAGCGAGAGUCCGAGAAUCCCUGUGGACUGGAGCUUUGGCGGCAUCGGGUACGAUGCGAUUCGCAAUGCCCUCGGCGGCACGCUCAAGUUGAGUGCGUUUGCGAAUGUGAAUUUCAGGAUUGGCGAGUGGAAUGAGAAGAUUUGGUUUGCGGGCGGGAAGAUUGGGGCGCAUGUUAGGUUGUGA